UUAGCGCGGGACUGGCAAGAAUCGGUUGCAUGGAGAAGUACAAGUUGGUAAGAGAUUGGGCCGAGUCGCUCGCCAGUUCAUAUAUGAAAAUUGGCCUCAAGCCCCCACUUUCGCAAAUGCUCCAUACUCUUUAUCACAGUCUCUGGGUUCAAUCUACCACCUGCGUGGAUGGGAUGUUUAAGAUCUCGCCCGAAAAUUGUCCUGCCAUAUUUGCACUCGGAAUAAAUAU